AUGGAUCUUACUCUUCAUCUCAUCCUGUUCCUUUGUUUUUGGGCUUGUUAUCUGCUUUUCGAAAAGCAACUGCAACAACGCUCUCCGUUACCUCCUGGUCCGACCCCUCUUCCUAUUAUUGGGAAUAUCCUUCAGUUCAAAAGGAAACAAGCGGUGUGGGAGACUAUUUCUCAAUGGAGUGAUCAAUAUGGCCCUAUAAUGAGCUUCAAGGUCGCAUCACGGACGAUUAUCGUCUUGAGCACCAAUCAAGCCAUUCGGGAUGUCCUUGAAAAGACACCCGUUAACAGCAGUCGACCCCGGUUUAUUGGGGUCAACGAGAAUCUGACACGGUCUAUGAUGCCUAUCUUUUUACCGAUCAGUGACAAAUGGAAGGCCAUCCAUCGAGUGCAACUAAGCCUUGUGAAUUCACGAUCAGCCAAGGGGAUAGCAGAAAUUCAGUUACUGACGGCAAAGCAACAUCUGUUCAACAUGCUAGAGAAUGCCAACUAUGAUAUCGCCGAUCAUAUCAAUCGCUUUACAUCAAACGUUGUUUCGACUGUGCUUUUUGGCACCAAUAUUGGAUCAGUCUCCCAGGCCAAGAGCAAUGGCAAGUUUGGUCUAGCCGACCAAUUUAUUGCUUCCAUAUGCGUGGAACAUGCGCUGGUUGACCUAUUUCCAAUUCUCGAGCACAUACCAGGUGUUGCCCGGCUGGGUGCUAGCAAAGGUAAUGCCUGGUUUGAGUCCAUCAGACAACAAUAUACUGAGGAUAUACAACGCGCUAUCAACUCUCCAACAUGGAGCAUGAUCAAAGCUGCUCACCAGCAAAAGAUAGGUGGAAUGUCAGAGGACGCCUUCCGCAUGUGGAAUGUGGAAAUGGAAUUUGCGUUGGGGAUGACAUCGUCUAUGAUGAUUGCGAACCUGGUUGCGAUGGCUGUGUCACAUUCCCAUGAAUUCCGCCAGGUUCAAUCGGAAAUCGAUCGAGUAGUGGGCCCGGAGCGACUGCCAACCGCGGAUGAUCUCGCACAUCUGCCUAGACUACAUGCUUUCGUGAAAGAGGGCAUACGGGUAGCGCCAAUCGUGCCUUUCUCGGUCCCACAUGCAGCCGUGGAAGAAAAUGAAUACAUGGGCUAUCGAAUUCCAGUGGAUGCUAUCAUUCUACCUAACCAAUGGCAUAUAAACCGUGAGCCCAAGUACUUUGAAGAUCCAGCCGAAUUCAAACCUCAACGAUGGAUAGACAACCCAAACCUUCCUGGUCCGGCUUUGGUCGGGUAUGGGAUAAGGAUCUGCCCCGGUAGGCAGACGGCGAACAAUGGUCUGUUAAUUGUUUUGGCCUUGAUGGCGUGGGGGUUUGAUUUGAACCAUGCAGGAGGGGUAAAGGAACCUCCGAAUGUUUUAGAGACUCUAAUUAUGAAGCUCCCGACAUCGAGUAUUCGAUAUUCCUGUCGGAGUUCGGUGCAUCGAGACCUCAUUCAAAAAGAAUGGCUCGCGAGUGACGACGACCCCAGCUCAAUUUUGAACACUCUUGGAAGUAGUCUAGGAUUCUAG